CAUACAGCUUGAAAAGGAAAUCAGUUGCAGAAUAGCUAGCUACAAAGAAAAAAAAACAGUCAAAAUUCUGCACUUUAUUGUGAUAGUGUUUGCUUAAAAAAGGGUGAAAAUAGAAAGAGAAGCCCAGACUUCUGUUCGACAUUUUAACAGAAAAUGGCGUUCUUUUCCUGAGUCCAUAGCUAGCUCAUCAAGCUAAAUGCUAAAGUGUACGUUAUGCUGCUACCUCACUAACUAGUCAGCUAGCUGACAGCUGGAUAACACAAACACAACAACAAAUAAAACUACUGGAACACUGCUAAGAGUGUAACCAUGAGUACCAAUGCAGAGCGGAAAUUUAUAAAUCUCCGAAAACGUCUGGAUCAGUUGGGCUAUAGGCAGCCGUUAGGCAUCGAGUCAUUGCCUUUGGUUGAAAAGCUUUUUAGUGAUUUAGUCCACACCACCGAAAGUCUUCGGAAUGCCAAGCUCUCAGCUGGGAAAACCGAAAAGGAGAGUCGGAAUCUUGACGCUCUGCUGGAGCCAUAUAAGACAGAAAAUGCCCGGCUUGUCCGAGAGAACAACGAACUGCACUUGGGGCUUCUCAAAUUGAAGGAGGAAAAGGAUCGAACCACUAGGGAGCUAAAGGCUUUCAUCAGGAAACUGGACCACGAGACCUCGGAUCUAAAGUUCCUCAACAAUCAGUAUGUGCAUAAGGUCCGUGCGCUGGAGAAGGACAGCAAAGCCAAAAGCGAACGCAUUCAGCAGCUGCAAGAGAAGAACAUGCAGGCUGUAGUGCAGACACCAGGAGGGAAGAAGAGGCCAAUCCCUUUCAGACGCCAGCGGAUGCAAAUAGAUGAGCUCCUUCCUGCCUCUCAUGGCCUCUCUUCUCCAGCUGUGGCAAGGCCUGAUGACCCGUACAUUGCUGACCUCCUCCAGGUGGCUGACACCAGGAUUCAGGAGCUGCAGCAAGAAGUGACAGCACUGAAGUUAGAUCUAGAGAGAGCCCAGGGGGGAAUCAAGCACUUCAACGCUCAGGUAGAGGAACGAGAUAAAGAGAUCGAGCGCCUGAAUCGGGCUCUGGAUGGAGGACGGCCAUACGAUGUCAUCUCUCUGGAGGCUCAGAACAUCAGUAACGAAAAGCUCAUUGCUCACUUAAACUUACAGAUUGAGUACCUGCAAGAGACAAACAGGACUCUGGAGCAGAAGGUGGACGGACUCCAACAGAAGAAGAAGACUGUUUCCAGUGAAGUGGCCGACCUGAGUGCCAGGAACCAGGAGCUGUGCAGUGAGCUCACCCAGAUAGAUCAGCUCGCACAGCAAUUAGAGAGAGACAAAGAGAUGGUGUUGGAGACGGCAGACAUGGAGCUGCAGGAGGCCAAAAAAGAGAUUCAGCGGCUCCACAGACGUAUAGAAGAACUGGAAGAGGUCAUUUCUAACUUAAGACAGAGCCUAGCAGAAAGCACUCAUGAGAAGGAUCGUUUGAAGGAUCAGCUAUCGGAAGUGCAGGAGCAAAAUGUGAAGAUGGAGGGAUUGAUGAAUUUCCUGGAGGAGGAAAAGAAGAGACUGCAGGACAAAGUCGACAGAAUGACACAAGCUGAAAAAGAAAUGGUUUUAGAAUUGGAGCGCAUGCGUGCUCGGCAUGGCAUGUGUGGCAAAGAGCGCUCUCCAUCUCGAUUGGACGCGUUUGUAAAGAGUUUGGAAGAAGAGAGGGACCACUACAGACAUGAGGCAGAGAAAUACCGAAAGACAAGGGGUGGGGCAGACAGUGUCAGUCCUUCCAAGAGCAGGAGUCCCAGAGGGCGUGGGAGCUGGUCUGUAAGGGGAGAGAGCACAGACACUGAGCUGUCACGUGCACUAAGAGAGAGAGAUGAGCUGCAGGCCAUGCUUCUGGACUUUGAGAAACACAUGGAGGACAUCCAGAUUAAAGUCAAACUGCUCACCUCUGAGAGAGACCAACUCAGUACUCAAUAUCAACAGGCCCAGGAGGAGCUGCAGAGUGUUCAUAGCAAGUUAACAUUUUCUCCUGAACUGCAGCGGAGAGUGAGAGAGGAGAGAGAGCAGGCAGACACUGAACUCUGUAAAGUUACAGCAGAAAGAGACGCUCUCCACGAGAGACUUAAGGUGGCUCAGACCUCAGCUCUGACAGACAGAGAGAAGGAAGAGAUAAGAAUAAUGGAGUUGGAGAACACUGUUCAGAUGCUGGAGAGAGAGCGGGUGGAUCUGCGCACUCAGGUGGCUGUGUUAAAGGAAAGCCGUGUAGCUGUUGAAGAGGAGCUGAAGGCCCGCUCAGCAGUCUUGCUUCAGAACGCAGAAGAGGUGGCUCAGCACAGGGCUGAGAACAGCGCUCUGAGGCUGUUGCAGGAGCAGAUGGAGAAGUCUCUCUCUGAUGUUCAGCACCGAUUAUCUGUAAAGGCGAGCGAACUACAGGCAGCUCACCAACAAAUGGACAAAUUAGAGGAGAGAAUCGCUGAGCUGAGUAAGAACAGGUCUUCUCAGAAAGAUGAGGUGGCAGUACUGCAGACUGCCAUAGCAUCUCUGGAUCGAGAGAAGGAUGUUCUGCAGGAGGCAGUGGACCAGAAAGCAGAGACCGUGGUCCUGCUGCAGGAACAGUUACACAAGAAGGAGAAGAUGCUGACAGAAGUUCGCCUCACCAUAACUGAAAUGGAGAACUCUUUAGAACAACUAAAGGGAGUGCUGAGUGGCCGUGAGCGGGAAAUAGCUAGUCUGCGCAGACAGCUAGAUCAAUCGCAGGAGGAGCUUUCGUCAGUCAGCAGAGACAGAGAAAUUGCACUGAGAGAAAACCGUCGACUACAGGACGACCUGGCCACCAUGACCAGAGAAAACCAGGCAGUGCACAGAGAAAUGGACGAGGCACUGAGAGAGAGGGACGAGCUAAAGAUGAGAGUCCACUCCUAUAUUUCUGAAGUGACCAAGAUCGAGAAAUUGAUGGCAGCUAAGGAACAGGAGAGCAGGGAGAUGUUGGAACGUUUCCGCUCAGCGCACAUGGACGCCGAGGAGCGUGAACUAAAACUGCAGCAGGCUGAAGGUCUCAACAACUCUAUCAAACUGGAGCUUCUCUCCUCUGACACGGAGCGCAGACACCUCCGAGAGAAGGUCUCCCUGCAGGAACGAGAGAUACAGGAGCACAUGAAUGCACUGCAGGCGUAUGAGGCUCAAGUAUCCUCUCUGAUGCGGUCAACGUCUCGGCUGGAAGAGGAGCUGCAGUCAGCACGGGACGAGAAGGCAUCGGUGCUUGCUGAUCUCGCCUCUGUACGGGAGCUGUGUGUUAAACUAGACUCCAGUAAAGAGCUGAUCACACGUCAACUCGCUGCUAAGAGCAUGGAGCUGGAGAGGAUGACUGGUGAGCUGGAGGAUGUACGUUCAGAGAUGGAGCUCCUGAAGAAACAGCUGGCUAGCGAGAAGGUGACUGUGCGUAACCUGGAGACGCUGCUGUCCACCAACCGACAGAAAGAGUUUCAGAACCAUCUCAGUGCAAGUGAGCGGGAGUCGGAGCUGAAAGUGCUCAAAGACCGCCUGGCUCUCGCAGACAGCAAAACGGUAAGUCACGCCAGAGAGGUUUCUCAGCUGCGUGGAAAAAUGUCUCAGCUCCAGACAGAAUUGGAUGUGCUGAAGAGGCAAUUGACAACUGAGCGCUUUGAGCGGGAAAGGGCAGUCCAGGAGAUGCGAAGACAGGGUGUGUCUUUUACUUCACUGCGUAGCUCCUCCCCUCUCAGUACCUCACUCAGUCCCCGCCCAUCGUCUCCUGAACCUUCUAGCUUGCGCACACCAGAGCGCUUAAUUGAAAAAUCACCAGAAAUAAGUGUGAGCUCUAAGGACUAAAGAGAACAAAAGAACAAAACUACAGGACCUUCGGAAAGUGGGCAUCGGAAGGAGUUAAUCCCCGGGAUCACUGUUCAUACAUCACCCCUCUUAUUGUGAAUUUGGUAGGAGAGGCCAUUUUAUGUCUGUUUCUGCUUCAAGUACUGCACUUCAGUCCAUUCUGGCUUGAAUUCUGAUUGCUGUCUUUUUGCAUUUUUCUUAUUCAGAAUAAAAACCCUUAGAUUUCCCGAGAUUGUUUCUUUUGGAAAUAACUGUAUGGACAUGCUUUUACAGGGACAAGCCUGGUCAUGUUGCCAAAGCCAAACAGAAAGAUACGUUGUUUGUGUAUUUAUGUCUUUUUAAUAUCUUGAAGGAAAUUAACUAAAUUUUUCCAUGUAACUAUUUUAUGUUAACUUUUAAACACAUGCUUUUGUAUUAGGGUAGGAAGAUGACAUUGUGACUUCAUUUAUUUUUUGUACAUUGUAGUAUUUUUAUGUGAAAUGUCAGUUUUAGACGGCGUGCAGUGCAGAGCUUUAAUGGAACUGGCUGUGAAGGAGACCAAACACUACUAUGAAAUGGGGUAUGAUCAAAGUCCUCAGGGUUGCCAGUGUUAGAGAGAGCACGCCAACUGCUCUCAAAAUCAAAACUUAUGGCUGAUGUCGUGUAUUGGAAAUCAUUUGUCUGUAUACUUGAAUCAUUAAUUUAAAUAAAAAUGUACCUAGUUUCUUACA